AUGAACAUUAUAAAGAAGAUUUUAGUUCUCUAUAUUGUACUAUGUACAAUUUCAUUAGUAUUAGCAGUUCCUACAUCACGAAGUCUUGAAAAACGAGCAGAGAUUAAUACAAAUUUACUUGCUCCAUUACCUCCUCCAGUUUCAACUUCAUCACCUUCUGUUCGUGUAUAUGAUUUUCUUUUAAAUAUAACUAAUCUUUCACCGGAUGGUGUUUCUCGCAGGGUUUGGACAGUUAAUGGUCAGUAUCCUGGACCAAUGAUUCUCGCCAAUGUAGGGGAUCAGAUCAUAAUUAAUGUCACGAAUCAAUUAGGAGAACCAGCUUCAAUUCAUUCUCAUGGAAUUAUUCAAAAAAAUUCUAACUGGUAUGAUGGUGUCCCUGGAGUUACACAGUGCCCAAUACCCAAUAAUGGAAGUUUCGUAUAUAAUUUUACUGUCGUCGAUCCUGGAACAUAUUGGUAUCAUUCUCAUUUUUUGGCACAGUAUGUUGACGGAUUAUUAGGUCCGCUUAUCGUUCAGGAUUCAGCUGAUCCUCAUGCAAGUCUAUACGAU